AUGGAACUACAAAAUGUUGAUCCUUUAUCCAACAGUAUUCUGCCUACAACCAUUUCACUGAUCAAUGGACCUGCUUUGCAACAACAACCCACGUGUUUAACUACUUCAAAUAUUAACAUUAAUUGUAUAAAUGAUGAGUCGGACGAACAAUCCGAUAAUGAAUUUGAAGAACAAUUAGAGCUUUAUGAAGCUGAGGAAGCAUAUGUUAUAGUUGAGUCCUUUGCUCAUUCAAAUGGAUUCGGAAUUCGGAAGGGACGUGUUGAAAAGGAUUCAAGUAAUGGGCGUGAAAUUUCAAGGUCAUUCAUAUGUCGUCAUGCUGGAAAACCGUCAGACAAAAACAAAUCAUAUAAAACAGAAGAAUCUGGCUCAUGCCGAACUGAUUGUAAAUGGAAAGUGCAAGAUAAUGACGAAGCAUUCGUCGACAAUGCGUUUGAUUAUCCAUUGGCUCACUCUUUUGCGCUCUUCAAAGAAGUCGAAGACAAAGUAGUUGAAUCAUUAAUUCCAACUACUAUAUUACGGUCAAAUGAAUCUGCCAACUUAUUUUCUGCACAAAAUGCAAUGUCAACUAUGACUCGUCUUUCGACGUCUGUCGUUGCUAAAAAGGCAAUGCAAAAAAAAAAAGUUUAUGCUGAAACUAUUGGAAUUGCACGAAAAGCAAUAAAUAUCGCAAUUGAAAAGGAUGAUCCACACGUUCUUAAGUUUUUAAAGGGUUAUAUUCUUCAAAAUGAACGUUCUCUUGUUGAAAAUACAACUGAGGCAUCCUCCUCUGGUUACAAAACAAACGUUCUUAAAGAACGUCCUGAAGUAAAUAUCAUCCCUGAGAAAUCUCAAGUUUCUAAUCCUGUCAAGAAAGCUAGAAAAGGGCGACCACCAAAAAUAGCACGUUAUCAGUCAUCGCUUGAGAAUCCAUCGUCAAAAGCUCAAGAAAAACGACCACGUGGCCCUGGAACUAAUACGUGUGGCGAAUGUGGUGGUAAAGGUCAUAAUCGUCGAUGGCAUUCCAAGCAUGAAAAUAAAAGCUACGAUUCUGGGAUUAUAUGUGAACUUUGCGGUGGGUGUGGCCAUAAAAAAGAAUUGCAUAAUCAUGAUCUUAUAGAGGAAAAUGAGAAUGAAUGGGUUGGCUCAAGUGGUUCUGAGUCAGGUGCUGAAAUGGAUAAUAUUGAGUAA